GUGAGGCCUCUGCUGCGCUGGAAUCCUCUGCGUCGCUCCACUGAGGGACCAAGAGGACUGGCAUCUGAAGGACUCCGGCUUGACUCACGGCUGAAUCCUGGAGUAAAGAUGCGGGCGGUCGCUGAACUGUGGGCCGUGCUGGCCACGCUGGUGGCCGGCGCCGCGUCCGAACUGGUGACGCUGGUGCAGGAGCAGGUGAAGCCCGAGUCGCCGGUGCUGCCGCCGAAGGUUAUGAUCGCGAUCCUGGCUCGGAACGCGGCGCACAGCCUGCCGCACUACCUGGGCUGCAUCGAGAGGCUGGAGUACCCGAAGGAGCGCAUAGCGAUAUGGGCAGCGACAGACCAUAACGUAGACAACACCACUGCCAUGUUGAGAGAAUGGCUGAAGAGAGCGCAACGCAUUUAUCACUAUGUGGAGUGGAGACCGAUGGAGGAGCCCAGCUCCUACACAGAUGAGUGGGGUCCGAAGCACUGGCCCCCUUCCAGAUUCAACCAUCUAAUGAAGCUGCGGCAGGCGGCCCUGAAGGCUGCGCGGGAGCGAUGGGCCGACUACAUACUGUUUGCUGACAGCGACAACCUGUUGACCAACCCCCGAGUGCUGGACCUGCUGAUGGCUGAGAAUCUGACGCUGGUCGCUCCCAUGAUGGAGUCUCGCUCUCUCUACUCCAACUUCUGGUGCGGCGUCACCCCACAGGGUUACUACAAGCGUACCCCGGACUACCAGCCAAUCAGGGAGUGGAAGAGGCUCGGCUGUUUCCCUGUUCCCAUGGUGCACAGCACCUUCCUUUUGGACCUUCGGCGCGAAUCCAGCCGAGACCUGGCAUUCUACCCACCUCAUCCGGACUACAGCUGGGCCUUUGAUGAUAUCAUGGUGUUUGCCUUCUCGGCACGUCAAUCAGGGGUGCAGAUGUACGUGUGCAAUAGGGAACACUACGGCUUCCUGCCCGUCCCGCUCAAAGCUCAACAAAAUGUGGAGGACGAAACUGAGAGUUUCAUACACACCAUCUCAGAAGCUCUGAUUGAACACGACAUGGAGCCGUCUCAGUACAUCUACACUCCGCCGUUACCGCCAGACCCAAUGGGCUUCAAUGAUAUUUUCCUGAUUAACUUGAAACGCCGACUGGACAGAAGAACCAGGAUGUUGAAAACAAUGGGCGCCAUGGGCCUUCGCCCCACUCUGAUUGAUGCAGUGGACGGGAAAGCUCUAAAUACAUCCCAGCUGCAGGCACUGGGAAUUGAGAUGUUGCCAGGCUACAAGGAUCCAUAUUCUGGUCGUGUCCUCACCAGAGGGGAGAUUGGCUGCUUCCUGAGUCACCACUCUAUAUGGAAACAGGUGGUUGAUCGUGGUCUGCAGAAGGUUCUGGUUCUGGAGGACGAUGUGAGGUUUGAACCCAGGUUUAAACGACGGCUUCAGGCCAUCAUGGAGGACGUAGACAGAGCCCAGCUGGACUGGGACCUCAUCUACGUGGGAAGAAAGCGAAUGCAGGUGCAGCAGCCGGAGCAUUCAGUGGAAGGUGUGAACAACCUGGUGGAAGCCGACUAUUCCUACUGGACCCUGGCCUACGCUCUUUCACAGCAAGGGGCCCGAAAGUUGUUGGGGGUACAACCUUUCACCAAGAUGCUCCCUGUCGACGAAUUUCUUCCCAUCAUGUUCAACAAACACCCCAAUGUUCAGUACAUGUCCCAUUUCGAGCCACGGGACCUGAAGGCCUUCUCCGUGGAGCCGCUGCUGCUCUAUCCCACCCACUACACCGGCGAGCCGGGCUACAUCAGCGACACCGAGACUUCCACCAUCUGGGACGACGAGGCGGUCGCCACAGACUGGGACCGGCAGCACGCCCGCAAGACGGCCCAGCAGGGCCGCAUCCGACCCGUAGCGCAGAACAGCGUCACUGGAGACUCGCCGCCUCCUGCUGCCCGAGCCUCGCGCGACGAGCUCUGAUGAAUACUGUACAGGCGUUCGCGCCAAAUUAAAAACAGGUGGAUAGCAGCAGAAAUCAGACGAGCCUCGUAUCUGCCGCCCAGGGACAAGGCUCGCAGAUUCUGGGACGAAGGCCUGCGCGACUUUUCCAAAAAGCUUUAUUUAUUCUCCAUGUGUCUCCUCAGUGCGUGUGGAUCCAGUUCUGGCCUGAAAGACUUUACACAUGGAAGUCGGCUAACAGCAUUUACAUGAUGUGAAAAGAGAGAAAAGGAAUCUUUCAUGAAUUCAUUUUUAUGUUUCAAAAGGAUUAUUGUUUUUAUUUAAGCAGAACAGACGUGCGUCUAAAAGACUGAGGCGGAAUAAAAGAAACCUACAGCUGACCAAAAACAUUUUUUUUUUUUUUUGUUUCACAAAGCUGUGCAUCAACAUCUCUACUGUACUUAUACUUAGUUUUGCUCGCUGGUUCAUAUUUGUAAUUCUUACAGAACUGAGCCUGUGUGGGAGGACGGAGGCUGACGUUUUGUACCCCAGAGAAAUUUUUCAGAUGAUGUCAUGCAAACAGAAAAAAAAUAAAUAAAAUAAAAAUAUGCAGCGGUUUCUUGCCAAGCAUCAGGGCAGCAACAGAUGCUUUUCAUGGUCUAAAGUUUUUGUUGCAGGAGGAAAAGGAUCUUUCAUAGCAGGCUGGUCCUGCUUGUUAAUAUUUCAGGGCAUCGUUUUGUUGCCAUAGAAACAAAGUUUUGAUCAAUUCUGUUGAUCUUAAAACAUGCAAGUUUCUUUUUCUCUAUAAAAAGAUUUUGGAUUCUUCUCUUGAACACGGUCUCUUUGCUGGGUUGCGCUGCAGAGUUGGAGCAAUAAAACAGCAUCUUCACUUCUCCUUUAUCUGCCUCCGCAGACAGAACGGGCAGAUGUUAUCUGUCUUUUUACACUCUUUCGGGUUAUUGUUGUUGUACAGACAUGGCGGAGUGAUUGGAGACAGUAAAAAAGAAAAGAAAAAAAAAAUUGCCGUCAGCCAGAUUAAAACUCUUGAGACAAAUCACUUUUUCUCCUCUGCUGGGCUUAAAUAGUCAUUAACUUUGUGUAUAUUAUUGUUUAAAGAGUUUAGAACAAGCAUAACUUUCGUCUAAAUGUUCCCAUGACCUCCUGGGAAUCUCCUAUAAUGAAUAUAAUGGGAUUACACAGAUGGUGGUAAGACACAAUAAAAGCCUAGGCCUCCCUGUUAAUUUAAGGUUUUGAGCAUGGAUCAUGUAAGGAACAAUCCGUCUCUGUGGUGUGCUGCCUCCUGCUGUUAGACCAGUUCUGUGAAAUAUGUCUCACAGCUGUAUGCCUCCUGUCCGCAGUGGGAUUCGACUGUAGAUGGUGCAAGAUUCACGACUUUCAUUUUUUAAUUGUUCGCAAAUAAAACUCUGAGAAGCAUUCGUGUUACUCCGAUACCCAAAAAAUGGAUAUGGUUUAACCGGUUGCUUUCAGAAGUCACUUAAUUAGUAAAUAUGCAGAAUUGGAAACAUCUCAAUGUGAAUACAACUGUUCCGCAGAACCAUUUGAGGUUUUGUAGAGAGCAUUGUUGAACAAGAGAGAGAGAUUUGGAAAAACGUUCUGCAGAAGUUUUAGUGAGCCAGUUUGCCACCAGCUGUGUGUGACAGCCGGAUCUAAUUAAACUUAAAACACAAUCUGUGUCAAAAACUAACACUGCUCACUGUAGAGCAUAGUUGUGGCACUGUCAUGCUAUGGGGAUGUCUUUCUUUUAAAAGUCCAGAAAGAAAAUUCAAAAUUUGACAAAAAUUCACCUUCCAGCCAGAUAGUGAACCUAUUGACAUAAUAAACAUGCUCAAAUUGCUUUGGUCAAAGUGAUGUAGGUUAAAAUGUCAAUUUUAGGUUUCUUUCAGUUUGUAAGCUUUGAAAAAAAAUACUUUGACAUUUGUAGCUGAAUUAUUUUAAAAUGCAAAAAAGGUUCAGGGGUGUGAAUACUUUUGUAAUGGUCUGUAUACUUGGUGCAGAACAAGGGAGAAAAGUGAAUGCCUAAUUAGAUUUAUUGAAUGCUUUCAGCUGGGUUGGAACAAGAGGUAAAAAACAAAACAAAACAAAAACACAUUUGGUUACGUUUAGAUAAAUAAUCUGUGUUGAAAAUACUGAGUCAAAAUAUAUUAAUUAUCCUUCUAUUUGUGCUGCUUUGUUGUCAUAAAGUAAAGUUUUGUUGCUGUUAAGAACUAUUUGUAGGUUUCUUCUUUACAACGCUGGAUUGAAGUAAACUUUUUUGUCCUAUGCUGCCAUCUGCUGGCCAAAGAUAAAUAUUUCUCUGCAACUUCAGUUAAACGUCAAAUUAAACCGUACAAGGGAUACUUAACUUAUAGAUUUUUAAAGUGGGUUUCAUUCAGUGUGUUAUACAUCUUACUAGAUGUUAUUUAGCAUUGACUAACAAAAUUUACAAGGUAAACAUCAGUUCUACUUUAUAUGCAGUUAUUUUUAAUUUACUUCCAUCUACAACCAUAUACAAUGUGAUUCUUCCAAUUUAAUGCUUCUGUGACCUGAUUUCAGAUAAGCAUCAAUAACUCUAAGACUGUAUGGUUUUAAGUAGAAAAAAUUGAGUUUACAGAAUAUAUAGGAGUAAUAAGUCUGUAUGUAUUCAGAAUACCUACCGUAAGUUUUAUAUCUGUAUCUAAUGUCUUCUUGAUGAUCAACUUAUAUUUUGUACUUCACCUGUAGAAACUCUCCCUCCUCAGCUCAAAUGUAUAGUUUCACAAAAAAGUCAUUUGAGCAAUAGAUUGGGAUUUAAUGUAACAGCUGAUAAUCCAAACACCAACCCUUACUUUUAAUCAUAAUCAUACAUCUCUACCAGUUCUUGUUUCAAAGCUGGUUAAUGACAUCUGGUGUUUUCCAUGGGAAGAUGAAACUGGCAUUACAUUUUUAAUUGGUUAAAGUUUUUAUGUUCCAGCAGGCAGCAGUAAAGUUUAUAUUCCUUCGAGAGAUCAUAAAAUAAUUCUGCUGGAGGUUUGCCAAGGUUCAGUGUAGUUAAAGAUUAAUUAUUACUAUUGUGCAUCUUAAUCCAUCAGUGAUGUGACAGCUUUGGCAGCAGACGAGUGUCACAAACCUGAACUCCUGUGAUGCAGUCAGAAACCAGCUUUGGACUACAUUUCUCCAUAAUCAGUGAUAAACACAUUGGGAGCAAAAUUAUGUUAGCAGACAUUUUAUCUUCUGUCUUCAGAAUUAAAUCGUGGAAUAAUGCAAUUAUGGACUUAAGAGUGUGCCUUUAAUUGUGUUUUUUAAAUACUGAAUGGUUGUUUGAAGAUCAAUAUGUUUUACUAGAAUAAGAAGUUGUAGUGGAGCAAUACUAACUAGUUUACUGCUUUAAAUUUAUUGACUGGUUCCACUAACAUCUAAACAAAACUACGUUUGUUUCACUGUGCUUUAUUGAUUUAAUUUAUUUUUUUAAUUUGGUGAAUUUGUUUUUUUUUGUUUUGUUUUGUUUUAUUUAUUUUGGUUAGUGUAGAUGUCUUACCAUAAGUAUGCAUGUAAACUGUACGUUAGAGUGUAUGUUAACUUGAUAUUUAUCAAAGGCUAGUCCCAGUUUUAUCACAGGUAGAUGUCUUGACCUCUGGACAUUCAGGAAGCUUAAAGAUUGACAUUUAGUCAGUAAUAAAGUGGUUUUAAAAAAAAAUUUAACCAACUUUACCAUUGCUCUUGAAGCUGCUGAACUUAAUAAUGACUUCAAAUUGCACAUUUAAUUUCAGUGUUCAAAGAAACUGAGGUUUUCCCACUUUAGGUGCUAAGUAAAUGUGUCAAAGUAGGUGAAGUUGCUAUUUUUGUUCCUGGACAGACGCUUCAUAAAUGUUACAUUCUUUGGCUGUUAGGAUUUUGGUUUUCAUUUCUGUUUGUGCUUUGACUAUUUCUUUGUCCAUUUAUUUACAUUGCCAAUGUCCCUCAUUGUCUCUGAUUAGCUCAUCUGGGUCCUUCCUCCUGUAAUUUUCCAUCCUUUAUGUGCCUUUCUCCAGCAGUGAUCGGAGAGAUUCAGUGUACACCCUGUACAAGUCACAAGUCCAUCCCAGGGCAACACAGAGACACAGAGAACAGUCGUGCACACUCACUAAGGGAAAUUUAGAGAGACCAGUUUUCCAAACAGUCAUGCUUUUGGACUGUAGGUGUACCUAGGCAGAGCCAAAAGAUGCACAGAGAAAGGCCAGAAUUCACACCCAGAACCUUCUUGCUGCAGGGCAACAACACUACAAACGACAUCGUCGACCAGACAAAAAAGAAAGCUGUGAAUUAAUAACUAACAGUUCCCAAAAACCCUGAUCAGCUCAAAAAGCAAAGUGAGAAAAUUCUUCUAUCAUAUUUAUGCUACAAGAAUUGUCAGGCAUACCAGCAAUUGUUAAAAACAGGAAAUGUUUUUACCCACUGAAUAGAUUAAGACUCAGGUUUCUCUACGUUUCUCAAUGUCCCUGCAAAAAGAGAUUACAAUUUCUUUCAAGGCUUCUUAGAUAUCUUUUCAAGAAUGCCCUCAAACACAGCCUGGAAUGACCUGACCAUGCAGAUAUGCACAAGUUUAAAAAGAUUUAGGGAACCAAAGGAGAAGGAAAUUAUGGAAGAAACAUGUUUCCCCAGCCUCCACCUUUCCCCUUGUUUUCACUUCUCUCUCAAUCAGCAGUCAAGAGAAAGUGUUUGUUCUCUCUAUCUGUGUCCUCUUCCUUCUGCUGAUAAUGAGUAACUCGUCAGUGUCAACAGGAUCCUCUCAGACAUUUAUUGAGCAAAUGAGUGUGUGCGCUUUAGCACAGAAAGGCAGGGAAAGUCUACAGUGCUGCAACAAUAGUUAGAUCUCAACAGUUUAAAGUGAAUAUCGAAAAUUUUCUAAAUGCUGGUAGGUUAGAGAAAUAAACAUGUCACUCUGGUGUUGGCCACCAGAGAGCAGUAAUGAGUUACAGUUUAGGAAGCACAUUUCAUUACGUAAAAUGUUUUCUGUUUAUAACUCUAGACAUGACACAGUUAUGGAUUGCUAUCUUGUCUCACCUGCUGUCAUGUGCUUUCGGUGGUGUAAAGUGAUUAAAUACAUACUUCUCCCAUUUUACAGAACUUUAAGAUACUGAGCUUGCAAUUUUGAUUUUCAAAAUGCUGCUUCCUUGAACUGCCUUUUGAAAUGGGAAGAAAUCUUAGAUUCCUUUAAUAGUUUCAUCAGUUUUUUUUUUGUUGUUGUUGUUGGCUUUUUUUGUAUUUUCAAUCAACUUCUGUUACAUUGCCAUAAAAGAAAUGACAACACAACAAGUAGU